AUGGGGACAGCUUUCAAAACUCCUAUUGGAACUUCUCAUUUCAAUCUCCUUUGUGGGAAGAGCUGCCAUUUUCCUGUGGAACUUGAGUACAAGGCAUUAUGGGCUGUCAAGCUCCUGAACUUUGACAUAAAGACUGUCCAUGAGAAAAGGCUCUUGCAACUUCAUGAGCUUGAAGAGAUUAAGCUUGAUGCAUAUGAAAGCUCAAGAAUCUACAAGGAGAGGACCAAUACCUUGCAUGAUCAGAAGAUAAUGAAGAGGGACUUUAAGGAAGGAGAAGCUAUGAAGCUGUUGUUUAACUCAAGGCUCAAGCUCUUUCCUGGCAAGUUAAAGUCUAGGUGGUCAGGCCGUUUUAAGAUCUUGGAUGUGAGAAGCAAUGGAGCUGUUGUUCUUGAAGGCAAGGAUGGCAAUGGGUUUGUUGUCAAUGGGCAAAGGUUGAAGGACUAUCUGGUCAAUGCAAUCAAGGAGGGAGCUAUCUCAUUCCCUCUUGAUGAUCCCCAAACUCACUAA